UCCUCCAGUUUCACCAACUACACAGCCUCCAUCUUCUGCAUCUCCUUCUCCACAUAUCCCCGUGACUCAAGUCACAGUGAAACCUUUGGGACUGGGAUUGAACAUGACUCAGUACUCCGCAAACCACGUCACUGUAAAGUUAUUAACGGUGCAUGUUGGACAGGUGGUCACUCCAAAAAUCAACAUAUGUGAGCUCUGUGCAUGCCCAGAUCAGACAAUGUUGUGUACUGGUCUUAGCCCAACACAGAAGCUCCACCAAGUACCGAUGCCAGACACCCACACCAAGAAGAGAAUCUUCACAAUGUUAAAUUUCCAAGGAAACUCCAUUUCUUACUUAGGAGAAAAUGUAUGGAAAACAUACCGUUGGGUUGGCAAGUUAAUUCUCAGUGAAAAUCGCCUGACUGAAUUACAUAAGGAUUCAUUUGAAGGCCUUCUAUCCCUCGAGUACUUAGAUCUUUCCUGCAAUAAAAUACAAUACAUUGAAAGGCGUACAUUUGAACCAAUACCACUUUUGAAAUAUACAAACCUUGGUUGCAAUGUACUCACAGAACUCAACUUUGGAACAUUUCAGACAUGGCAUGGAAUGCAGUUUUUACACCAGUUAAUUCUUAGUCAUAAUCCUCUGACAGCAGUUGAAGAUUCCUAUCUUUUCAAAUUGCCAGCAUUAAAAUAUCUACAUAUGGGAACAACACAAGUGCAACUUACAACAAUUGAGAACAACCUCAUGUUGACCCUUGAGUUGGAAAAAGUGAUCUUACCUCACCAUAUGGCCAGCUGCCUCUGCCAAUUUCAAAGUCAUAUUGAAGUUGUCUGCAAGACAAUCAAGCUGAUUUGUGAGAAUUCAUGGCUGAUAAACACACCACAUUUUCUUGAAGAAGCAACAAUAGGAAAUCCAGAUGGAACAUUCAAGAAGGUUUUAAAGGCCCGGAAGAAGAAUACCGGCACUGAGAUGACUAUUGAACCAGACAGAGAAUAUUCCGAAAAAAAUGAUAUUAACUACUCAAGCUUCUUGAAUGAGCAGUUAGAAAUGCAGUUAAACCAGCAGUUGAGGCCCCUUAUCCCCAAUAAUGAUGUGAGAAAGCUCCUGUCUCAUCUUAUUCGGACUAUACAAUUUGACUGUACUGAAACCGUAGUACAGGAAGUCUGUUCCAAGCUCAUUUCCAGAAUCGGCCUCCUGAUGAAGUUUCUUAGCAAACAGCAAGAAGUCAAGGUGUCCAAGGCCGAAUGGGAUACAGAUCAGUGGAAAACAGAGAACUACAUCAAUGAGAGCACAGAAGGAGGCCAAGGAGAACGGAAACAGUUAAGUCAGCUCGUACAAGAAGUUCCUGGAUAUGGCUAUAAAAACAAACUCAUCUUGGCAAUAUCUGUGACUGUAGUAGUAAUGAUUUUGAUUAUAAUUUUCUGUCUCAUUGAGAUUUAUUCCCACAGAACAGCAACAGAGGAAGAAAAUGGGUCCUCAAGGAAUCCAAGUGAAGUCAUCAUAGAGAUCCCAACAGAUUCUGCCCCAGAAGGUGAAGAGAGUGCAGCAGUUUAA